UUUAAUCAAGUUAUAGUUUCUUAAAGUCGGAGAUAAGAUUUAUCGAGAAUUGUGAAUCGCCGGAAAUACCUACAGACAGCUUAGUUUAGAGAUACGAUUGCGUGAUUAUUAAGAAAUGGCAGAUCACCAACAAUGAGCUGGAUUAUGAAGCUGCUCCAUGGCUAGCCUGACAAGUCACUGUUAGUGACAAAUACCUAGACAGGCGUUAAACUGCGAGUAGAUCGUUUAGUCAACGUCCUAAAUGAUGAAUGCCUCUGAUAAACAACUGACAUUGGCAUAUGACGGUGUGCGAGGAAUUUCCAACCGUGGUUCAUACCUCCUACCUUCACAAUGACUUGUCGAUUUCUUACUUUUUCCGUACGUCAUCAUUGAUAGGGAUAUCGUGCAACUGAAUAAAGAAGAAGAAGCCAGAGUGUGCAAUCCGUGUAUUUUAUCGAAUAAAACUCAUACUAAUUUGAAUAUGACGUUGAGAUCUUGAACAAAUCCAAUGGAUCGAUUUAAUAAGAAAUGGCUGCUCGAGGAUAUCGAAGCUUAGUGCUCCGCUUUAAGGGCUGAAUCUCAUCAGUUUUUUCGAUUAUCCUUUAGGAAUGAAAAUGAUUCUGUAAGCCUGAUUCGCGUGUAUCGUUCCUCUGAAUGAGUCGCUGUCACCAGAUCGAGUCAAUUAAUGAGGCAUAGAUCAUUUUGUUCAGUCCUUCGGUUCAAACCGAUACCUCCGAACAUACAGCUGUAACAGAUUUGGUGCCGUUGACACUUUCAAUCAUUGUGACGUGACCUAUCAUCUGGCACAGUUUCAAUAAUAAAUGCACGGAUUGCUUAAUAGCCGUGUAUUUUUGGCAUCUUCCUUUGACUGAAAUGUUAUAGAAAACACUUGACGCUCAUAUGUAUUUGAAUCUGUUUGAAGCGGUUAACUUUCAGCGACUACUCGGCAUAUAAGUUGGUCAAAAAUCCAAUCCAAAUACGUAUAAGAAAUCUUGAAGACUGUUGACGUUGUAGGAAGCAAAUAGCGAUGUUUUUUUUUCUAAAAAAAUCGGUAUUGUUAAAAUUGAUCGCAACUCAUUUUGAUAGCGUUUGUAUCAAAACUACCAGAAAUCGUUCCCAUGGAGAGUUCAUAUACAUAAUUUCCACUAAAAAAAAUUUUUUGUGCUGAUAUACGUUUUGCUGCAAGUAUAUAUUUUGCCUUGCGGUAUUCAGCAUGAUCAGUUAUUUGCGACAUCAAAUUCUGCUUCUACAACCGGUUGCCUGUCUGAACAUAACGUAGUGCUUUUUAUAGAAUCCGAUAGAACUGUUUGACGAUAAUACAAAUAUUUAUUUCCACUUACCUUAGAUUGGAAAAAGAAGAUACUUAUUCCUUACCACUCGCACCGCUGAUAUUUAGAUGAUCACAAGAAAUCGCGUAGGUACCAUGCGUACUCUUUUGUUGUUAGACUCGUGGAAUAUCCUCGAUCCGAAAGCACAGCUUUUUCAUCAGCUCGACACAUUAUCCCUACGAUGUACCAUAUCGAUCUCUUUCACUCUCCCGCCACUCGAAUGUACAUCGCUAUUCGCAUCGUUACCCACGCUGGUACAUUAAUUAGCAGUUAAGCUACUUUAAAAACUCGUGAAACGGCGCUGCACCCUGACUGCGUAGUGAAAAUUGCGCGCACACAAGUAGCGUAAUUCUGUAAUUUCGCAAUGUGAAGACUGUCAUUCGUAUUUGGAGAAAACUGGCAGGCAUGUAAGACUAUUCAUUGUAUCCUCUUCCAAUUUCGUGAUGUAACGAAAAGUGUCGAAACAGGGUUGAUUGCGAGCCCCGAUCCCGGCAGCUUAUAGCCUUGAAUUAGGGAACGGGGACGUAUAAAUUUCACCACUUUCGUAUCAAGCUUUAAUUAAAGGCUGAUUUAUAACAAUUACUAAAUUACGUGCUUGCUAAUCGUGCGCAUCUUUACGUGCCGAAAGCGCGCGCGUGAGCGAGCUCAGUUAGUCAUGGAAGUAAUACAUAUAUCUACACCCACCACACCGGACUCCGUGUAAAGAAAGAUAUCGUGAUAUCGAUAUUGAUAAAAGGCAUAUUCGAUGGACGUGGGCUUCAGUCAUGACGGUAGGCUCUCGCCGGCGAGACAAUUUCCGAAUUUUACACAAUCCGAGCCAAGUGAGUGCCGUAUAUUCCUGCGUUAUUAUGUAACAAAUCGUCCGCGGACUUGGAGCGUGUUGAUUAACAGAAUCAAUCAAUUUUCGAAAGAUUUUUCAGCACUCGAUCUGCUUGACACGUGUUCGGUAUUGUUACGCGUUACGCAGGAUUUUGCAACGAAAGGUUUCAUCCUACAUGGUGAAACUCCAGUUGUCUGCAAUCAAAGCCAGGAAAAGGAUACCAGAAUGGUUGAAAAAUCUGAAAGUCGUGUUGAACCGAAAGUUACGCCACACAAUGGACUAACCAGGGUGUAUCAGGCGGAUAAUGUAACCGAAAAUCCUCACGAGUUCAUAGUGAAAUAUAAGGGGCGAAAGUACGACAUUCAGAACCUUCUAAAAAAACAUCCCGGGGGAAGCAGGAUCAUGAAACCAUACAAGGGCUUGAACGUCGAUGAAGCGAUGGUUACGAACUCUCAUUCCAUCGCAGCCUUUCAUCUCUUUGAGGAAUUCGUACAAAGUAAUCAAGAGGAGUACCAGGAAAUCGAAAGAUUGGUCGACUGGAAUGCUCCACUGUUGUCGCAGGUCGGCUCUCUAGGGGAUCGUUACUGGGAAUGGGUGAAUCUUCCAGUAAACAGGCCCAUCCGUCUCUUCGCAUCAAACGGCCUCGAACGUCUCACAGUCACCCCAUGGUACAUGGUACCCGCUGUCUGGAUCCCAAUAAUCUUUUUCCUUCUAUAUCGGGGCUGCUCGAUAGAUCUCAAAGGAAAUUUUGUCGAUUCCAUACCGCAAAUUUCAUUUGCCAUUAGUUGGGGCAUCCUCUUGUGGACUUUCCUUGAAUACACGCUACAUCGAAAGCUGUUUCACAUGAAACCCCCAGCGGACUCAAAGAUUUUUAUAACGCUACAUUUCCUUCUGCAUGGUCUCCACCAUAAAGCGCCGUUUGAUGAACAGAGACUGGUAUUUCCCCCGGUCCCUGCGAUGCUGUUGGCCGUUGUCUUUUACACUGCUUACGAGAUGGUGUUUCCCGUUGCGAUGAUGAACUUCGCAGCAGGUGGAGUCGCAAUCGGCUACUUGUGCUACGACAUGACGCACUACUACUUGCAUUACGGAUCGCCGAAAGCUGAAACUUAUAUGUACGUGAUGAAGAGGUAUCACAACUAUCACCACUUUUCAUACCACGAUGAAGGUUUCGGUAUAAGCAGCAGACUGUGGGAUUACGUUUUCGGCACGGCGAUAACGUUGAGAAAUUUGAAGAAGGCGAUCGAAUGGUAAAGUUCAAGCAAUACUGUGCUGACGAACGUAAAAUGUUAUUCUAUUUUCAAUACAAUUUUGUGUAUGUUUUAUUGUUAUAAUAAUAACUCUAAUGGUAAAGAUAAUGUGUUUUUAUCGUAUUACGAAUAGAGUAAUGAUAAAUCGGAGUACAAGUACGAAAUAAAUAAUGUAUUCAAAAUUUAUGUACAUCGUUAUGCGACACGAUUCAAUAACAAUAAUAUUGUAUUUCAUUAAAUUAAUAUCAGUAUGAGAUUUUUUUUAAGUACAUGUAUUAAGGAACAAGUGUCAUGAAAACAUAAUUUAUAAGUGUAAUUAAUAUGUAUGCUCUUUGUUUUUACUAUAUUGUAUACUAUGUAUACGAAGUUUUUGAGAGAGAUUAUUACUUUCUGAAUAAAUUGAUUAAGUACCAGAGUGUUUCACGUACAUUAAUAAUUCGAAUUGACACGCUACCAGAUACAUUUUCAGCCAU